UUGGCGGCACGCCGGUCAGUUGUGCCCUGAUUGGUGGGGGGUGGCGCCUGGCGCAGUGCAGGGUACGCCCGUAAGGGAGUGUCACAUUGUUGAUUGUUGUUUUGUUGCUGAGUUGGUCCAUUGCGGUUCAGAUAGGCAACACACCGGGCUGCGAUGCAGGCCAUCAAAUGCGUCGUCGUGGGCGAUGGCGCGGUGGGAAAAACGUGCCUUCUUAUCAGCUACACCACCAAUGCCUUCCCAGGGGAAUACAUACCGACUGUGUUCGACAACUACUCGGCGAACGUCAUGGUGGACAGCAAGCCGAUUAACCUGGGCCUGUGGGACACGGCCGGUCAGGAAGACUAUGACCGGCUGCGACCGCUCAGCUACCCGCAGACGGACGUCUUCCUCAUCUGCUUCUCGCUCGUCAGUCCCGCCUCGUUCGAGAACGUGCGGGCUAAGUGGUUUCCGGAGGUGCGCCACCACUGUCCCGCCACGCCCAUCAUCCUCGUGGGCACCAAGCUGGACCUGCGCGACGACAAGCAGACCAUCGAUAAGCUCAAGGAUAAGAAGAUGGCGCCCAUCAGCUACCCGCAGGGCCUGGCGAUGGUGAAGGAGAUCGGCGCCGUGAAGUACCUAGAGUGCUCGGCGCUCACGCAGAAAGGGCUGAAGACUGUGUUCGACGAGGCCAUCCGUGCCGUGCUCUGCCCGCAGCCGGCGCCGCCCAAAAUCACGCGCUGCACGCUGCUGUGAGCGGCGCCGUCUCUUCCCCCAUAGCUAGAGCAACGAAGCCUCAGCGCCGCCGCCCGCUCCCGCGCAUGGGGAGCAGCGAAGCCCCAGUGCUGCUGUCUGCUCUGGGCGCCGACGCCGGCCGACCGUACCGUUACACGGCUUGAUCGCCGCCUGACCCGCCGGGGCGGGCUGCCACUGCCUCCGCGAGCGGCUUGGCUUCCAGACGAGCGCCGGAUAGCCUGCAGCAGAGGCCCGGCCCGGGCGCCGCCCCCUGCCGUUGUGCGUGGGAUGUGGAUGGCGGUGGGUACCACCACCUCUCGUGCGCGGUGGAAGAUGGCGGCGUGCGCCUGCUCGGUGCGGUGUGAGAGAGCGCCGCCUGGCUGCGGCUGGGCAUUAUCAGCACGUGUGUAGGCCGUGUGAUACCGCAUGUCGGCACCGGCUCGCGCG